AUCGAAUGUUGAAAGAUAUGUUCAGAAACGUGGAAAACCUUGAAGUUGCUCGAGAAACUCAGUCAGCCUGCGUGCAGCAUGGAAGACAGACAAUUUACGUAGAAUUAGAAAAACAACACACUGCAAUCAAAUUCACGUGUAAUAAUGCAUAAAAACGUUAUGCAUCUAUCGACAACGUGUUUCGCAGUAUAAACUGAAAUGACAACUUUCCCGUCGGAUUGUAUUCGUGGCAAAGUGUUCGACGAAUAAUUCUCCUUUAACCUAGACCAGCUUUAACAGGCGAAUUUUAUCUGAGAUUAAUUCCAAUUCGCAAAUUUACGCGAUAUUUAUCGCGUGACUCUGCAAUUGGACAAGUGGCCUCAGAAAAGCAUGAACAAUCGUCGAGAAGCAUCGUCGCACACAAGAGAAAUGCGCUCCAAUUCGCCACGACGUUGUACCUCGAAUGCUUAUCAACAGGGCUACGCCAGCGAGCACAAUAUCCAAUAUCUAGAAGAAAGGUCUUCCGUAGGAAGUAUCGUCGAGAGGACUGAGGAACCUGGCAUUAAUAAGAAUAACAUACAUAAUUACCCAGACGAAUCGGUUUACGUGAAAAUCCUGCCAAAGCAUAACCAUGCUGUUCGCGAGAGAUACCAACGAUUCAAUAAUUACUCGGAGUUCAGCAUGCCGGAGGUAACCGCGAUGCAAAAGUUACAACGGCUAAAGGAGCUACAGAUGAAACGCGACAUUAGCGAAAGAUACUAUUCUCAAGAAAUCAAACGACUGAUCGGGGAAUAUUAUUUCGGGCCGAGAGUUGCCUCGCCACCCUUGAAACAGGCCGGGAAAUUGCAGAGUUCCAGUUUUCAUCCAUCCUCGGCAGAUCGAUUGAGAAAUGUAUCAUCGAGAGACAAACUACCAUUUGUAUAUAAAACAUUGAAUUUUCUUAUUUCUAUAUUUACACGUUACAUUGUUGCUUGGUAAAUUUUCUCACUUGUUAUCCAAGUGCAUUCCAGCAAACACGUGAUAUAAUUUAUUUUUCACAGAGAUAAAAGAUAGAAAAUCUCGAAUAGAAAUAAUCGUAGGUUAAGCAGGUUAUUAACAGAAUGGAAUAUCCACAAAUGGAUAUAUUACGGCUAUAUAUUGUAAUUGUCUAAUUCAGAAUUUGGAACCAUGCGGCACAAUGACGACAAUUACACGGCUGGAUUGUGGAUGUAUUCAAGAGACAACAAGGCCAAUUUUUACGACGGCAAGGGGUCGCGUUCUUAGAAGGAAUUGCAAUCUAUCUCAGGAGGAGAAGCUUUUGAAGCUGACUUCGUUGAACCCCCAGGAACACUUAUUUUCAUCGUUAGAGCAGCCUAAGGAUAGGUAUCGCACAAAAAUGAAGAAACGGCUCUCCAUGGAUCCGCGAACGUACUCGAAAAUCCGGCCUGCCGGUGAUCAAGAAUUUGAGACGGAGAACGAGAAGAAAAGCGAAGAGCCAGAAACAGAAAUUACCGAGCAUGAUUCGAGAACAUUGUCCCCUCAACGAAAAUUUAGCGACACGUCCGCGAACUCUUAUUAAAAUUUAUUCUCUAUUUAUUGUAUUUCGUGCAUUAAUUAAUAAUAAUGUAUUAUCAGUGAAAAUUUCCAUAUCAAUUAGUCUGGUUUCGAUCAUCGUGAAAUUAUUGACAACUGUGAACUCUCUCUUUAGACUGAAACUCUUUUGUAUCGAAUAUCAGAUCAGAUGAAUCGCGAAUCAAUUUCAAAUUGCACAAAGUUUGUUAUGAACAUCCGAAACGAUUAAAAUCGGAGAAACAAUUUUCUAAAUUGCAAAAUGAACGAUCUAAGACUAACAACCGAUUCCGUGAUCGCGCACAUUGGCAUCACGUUUCUAAAUGCCAUAUUACAUUACGCGCUUUACAAAGCUGUCAUCGCCACGAUCAUGCUGAUCAAAGAAACGAUACUUUGGUUGUUCCGGAAGCUGAUGAAAUUUCGUAGUACUAGCACCGACGAAUCGACUCAGUCCCCAUUGCCAUGUAACGUUUAGUCGCUGUUUUUUCGCGGAGAAAUUCCUGGUAAGAAAAAUACACACGAAAUCCGUUGCCUUCCAUAAAAAUGAAAAUUAAAUUAAAUAAAAAUGAAAUAUAAUGUAAUUGGAAAUCUUCUGCAGAAGGUUUACUGUAAUUAUGAAUGUUACUUUACAAAAGUAUACUAACCUCGGCGAAUUGUUACUAUUAAAAUUAUUUCACUUUUUCUUUCCAAUUUUUGGCGGAUUUCAUAAUGAAGAAACUUUGACAAAUGUCCAUUCGAUAGAGAUCCUUGUAAAUUCUGGUUGUUCGUUCCAACUUGCGAGUAAAUUACUGGUGAUUACUACACAUGAUGAACGCGUUGGAAAAUUUCGUCACGAUCACUCAUAGCGAUUUUAAUUGGCCGUACCCGGUACCGCUGAUUGCAAAACCGGCACAACCACCAAGAAACACGGGAACUCGAUUGUACAUCCCUAGGAUCGACCCUGAGGACUGUCCGUGUGACGAACAUGGCCGACAAAGUAAUAAAAAUAGGUACAAAUAUUUGGCUGAUAAGGAACGACACUUUCUGGAUCAAUUGACGAAAGUGAAUCGCGAAAUGACAAAUCUAACGAAGACUAUGCUAGACGCUAAAUGCGAGCCAAUCGACGAGACGAUGAAGAGUAUUUAUAAAGCGGAUUACGCGAAGAGAGGAUUGCCUAUCAAAGAGUACAGACAGCUACAAGCCGCGGUUGACUCGCUGUACUGUUCACCUUUUCCGGCGGAAGUUACGGAAAUAAAGGAUGGAUACAGAGAUCCAACGAGAUUUCGAUACACAGCCAUCGAGAGACCGUAUAUUCAGCCAGCCAGAACGAUCAAUUUGUUCCAAGAAUCUUUCUCUAUGUGGGAAACGCCUUUUACCGGCCGUUCAGAGUAUACGGACACUAUUAGCAAAAUGGGUCUGAGUAACAUGAAAAAUCGUCAACAAUAUCUGGAACCGUUACCCUCGUCGAGAAGAAGAUUUGGGGACUGUAAAUUAUAA